AUGGCGGCAACUGUAACUCGGCCGUAUAGGCGCAUUGUGACCUCGUCGCUGCACCGCCGAUUUGUUCAUGCCUCUGCGCUCUCCCUUUUGGUGUGCUACGGCAUAGCAAUUGCGAUCGGCGACAAGUCAUCCUUCUUUUGGUCAUGGUUCCCCAUCGGUUCUUGCGGAAUCCGUACCGUCCUAUUGUAUAUCUCCUCGCUCGUCGUUUUUGUCCUCCGCGUUGGUCAAAUGCACCUGGGGUCAAGAAACACAACAUCUUCUUUCAGCACAUUGAGAUACCUUUUCCCUCUUCAAGUGGCACAAACCUUUGGCUGGUAUUUGUUCUCAGCAUGGUGGUUCACUGAGAUUUACAUUUGGUCUUCGUCGACGGGUGCGCAUUUGGAGAUGGUGAAUCGCGGCAAGCCACAUGAGCGCGCCCAUCUGAAUGAAAGACCUAUCUACAUCCACAGCUUCCACUUGAUUUUGGCGUGUGUGCAGGCGGUGUGUCAUCUCUAUUACGACUACGACAGUGUGCCUAUCCCAGUUGUCAAGCCAGCUCCAAACUCCGACGACCAGCGUACCCACCGCAUUCCCCCAACAUCCAAACACAUCCAACGGCUAUUGCCUCAAACAAUCAUCACGGGUCUCACAAGGACCGCCACCGCGGCCGCCGUGACUCCCUUCAUCUACCGAUUGUUCCUUCGACAGAGCGCAUGGAGUUGGUCUUUGUACUUUGCCAAACUCUUCUGGAACUUCCCUCGAUCCGCCGCGGAGCCCGAGUCAUUCCUCCCCCCUGGAUUCCUCCUCUUGGUUUUCCGCUCUUGGUUCUCGGGCUCUCUGCUUGUCCUAUGCUGGCAAUGCACCAACCUCUUCUUCUCUGUAUUCAUCGGGAAGGAGCCCCUGAAGCGCGGACAACCGCUCACAGGCGACGCUAAAGAUCCUAACGGCAGUCUGCUUAACGGUUUGAAUGCGAAGAAGGUCCUUAUGAAAUCCUACGCACUUUGGGAGCUCGGUCUCAUUAGCCAGCGACAGCCUGAGCGCCGAAAGACCAUCUUCAACGAGAUCGAGCGCGAAAACGGCACGACAUGGUCCCAGACCUUGGAAUGCCUGACCGGUGUCAUCAAAGAUAUUACCGUGCGGAUUGAGGCCAGCAAGGCGCCUGCUCCCGGUGCUAAACCAUCGACGCAAACAACAGCCUUCCAGCCUACACUUCAGACGUUGCCCAGAUUAACGGAUGCCCCGAAGACUGAAAAUGUUUUUGCAGAUUCCCCCAAGGCUACUUCACGACAGGAACAAUUCGGCGAUGCCUUCGGUGCGACUGCGAAGUCUUAUGGCCAGUCAGCAGAUUGGACACCCCAGGCGCGAGCUCGUGCUCGUCAAGUCUUUGACCGGGCCUCAUCAGCUGUGCUUAGUCCUGAACGCAAAAGGAAACUCAUCGCAUCGUCCGAGGAGUUGAAGCUACUCACUGGAGGUCCCUCUACCACGUAUAAACCUGAAAAUGUCCAUCCAGUGAUCGCGCAGUUCCUUCGCACUCCCAUUGGACAAUUAUUCCGCCAAUCCUAUUCACAGCGUGCAUCUACCAUCGUUCUUGGCGGACCCGAGUCCUCUCUUAGCUCUAUUGUUGAUGCAGUCGAUUCCUUGACAAGACUCUUGAUCGCUAGUCUGGCAGAGGACCAGUACGGUAAGGUUCAAGCCGACGUUCCCUCUGUGAUCCGUCUUCUUACCACUACGAUCAUGUCUUUGGAGGCGUUCGUUCACCAAGGCGGCUUGGAUGCUCACUGGACCGAUGUCAACUUCCCUCCAUCAAGUAAGCCCGAGGCGCAAGCAGCAGCCCGUCAUAUCCCCGAUGUGGAUCUCGUACUGGACACUUUGAAGGGCGGUCUAAGUGAUCUGCUGAAAUCCUUCAAGCCCUACCUUCGGAACAUCGGACUUGAAGGCAAGGACCUCAGGUUAGCGAAAGAGGCCGCUGGCAUCGAUGUGGAGGAGUCAUGA